CGGGGGCUUGUGGAGCGGCCACAGAGGGUGCCGCCGCCUUAGACGAGGUCGGGCCUCCCUGCGCGGAAGAACCGCCCCCGGCAGCAGCAGCACCACCGCUUAGCAAAGAAUUCCAGGCCCUGCCCAGAACGGCAGCUACACCAUGGAUUCUUCCAGUUCACCUAACUCUUUUUUCUCCGUCGGCUCCACCAGUCCUGGCGCUGUCGUGCUCCUCUACUCGAAGGAGCUCAAAAAGUGGGAUGAGUUUGAAGAUAUUUUAGAGGAGAGGAGGCAUGUCAGUGACUUGAAAUUUGCAAUGAAAUGCUACACACCUCUUGUCUAUAAGGGAAUUACUCCUUGCAAGCCAAGUGAUAUUAAAAGUAGCGUUCUCAAUUCUGAACAGGUUCAUUACAUCAUUAAACAGGACACUACAUUAUGGGCAACAACUUAUUUUAGAGAAUUUGCACGUAAUCUCAUUAACAAAUCUAAUGGAAAGCUUUCCAAGGAAUCCCUUCAAUCUGUUGAUGUCCUCCGAGAGGAAGUUUGUGAGAUCUUAGAUGAGAUGAGCCACAAACUGCGUCUGGGAGCCAUCCGGUUUUUUGCCUUUGCCCUGAGCAAAAUAUUUAAACAGAUUUUCUUGAAAGUGUGUGUAAAUGAAGAGGGUAUUCAGAAACUACAACGAGCCAUCCAGGAGCAUCCAGUUGUUCUGCUGCCUAGUCAUCGAAGUUACGUUGACUUUCUGUUGUUGUCUUUUCUUUUAUACAACUAUGAUUUACCUGUACCAGUCAUAGCAGCAGGAAUAGACUUCCUAGGGAUGAAAAUGAUUGGCGAGCUGCUGCGGAUGUCGGGUGCCUUUUUCAUGCGGCGCACGUUUGGUGGCAAUAAACUCUACUGGGCUGUAUUCUCUGAAUAUGUAAAAACUAUGUUACGGAAUGGUUAUGCUCCUGUUGAAUUUUACCUCGAAGGGACAAGAAGCCGUUCUUCUAAGACAUUGACUCCUAAAUUUGGUCUUCUGAAUAUUGUGAUGGAACCAUUUUUUAAAAGAGAAGUUUUUGAUACCUACCUUGUUCCAAUUAGCAUCAGUUAUGAUAAGAUAUUGGAAGAAACUCUUUAUGUAAAUGAGCUUCUGGGCAUUCCUAAGCCAAAAGAAUCUACAUCAAGAUUGUUGAAAGCCAGGAGGAUUCUCUCUGAAAAUUUUGGAAACAUCCAUGUAUACUUUGGAGACCCUGUGUCACUUCGAUCUCUGGCAGCUGGGAGGAUGAGCCGAAGCCCAUAUAACUUGGUUCCAAGAUAUAUUCCUCAGAAGCAAUCAGAGGACAUGCAUGCCUUUGUCGUCGAAGUUGCCUACAAAAUGCAGCUUCUGCAAAUUCAAAACUUGGUUCUGAGCCCGUGGGCCCUAACAGUUGCUGUUCUGCUUCAGAACCAGCCAUCCAUGGACUUUGACGCUCUGGUGGAAAAGACUUUAUGGCUGAAAGGCUUAACCCAGGCUUUCGGGGGGUUUCUCACUUGGCCUGAUAAUGAACCUGCUGAGGAAGUUAUCCAUUCCAGCAUUCUUCUGCAUUCCAACAUCGCCAGCCUCGUCAAGGACAAGGUGGUUCUGAAAUUGGAGUCCGGGGACUCAGAAGUGGUCGAUGGACUUAUUUUCCAGCACAUCACUCUCCUCCUGUGCUCAACUUAUAAGAACCAGUUGCUCAACGUUUUUGUUCGUCCCUCCUUAGUAGCUGUGGCAUUGCAGAUGACACCUGGGUUCAGGAAAGAGGAUGUCUACAGUUGCUUUCGCUUCCUACUUAAUGUUUUUUCAGAUGAGUUCAUCUUCCUUCCAGGAAACGCACUAAAGGACUUUGAAGAAGGCUGUUUCUUACUUUGUAAAAGUGAGACCAUACAAAUGACGACAAGGGACAUCCUAGUUACAAAGAAAGGAAAUACUGUGUUAGAAUUUUUAAUAGGACUCUUUAAGCCUUUUGUGGACUGUUAUCAGAUAAUUUGCAAAUACCUCUUGAAUGAAAAAGAAGACUACUUCACUGAGAAACAGUACUUGGCUGGUGUUAGAAAAUUCGCAAGUCAACUUCUCGAUCAAGGUGCCUCGCAGUGUUAUGAUGUGUUAUCUUCUGAUGUACAGAAAAAUGCAUUAGCAGCUUUUGUGAGGCUAGGGGUGGUAGAGAAGAAGAAGGAAAAUAGUGACUUUAUAUUUAAUGUGAAUGAACCUGCCACAGGAAAAUUAGAAGAAAUGCUUGGUUGUAAGACACCAGUAGGAAAACCAGCGACUGCAAAACUUUAAUAAUUGCCAAAGAGUUAUGGAAAAUUUGAGCAUAGAAUUACUGUCAUUCAAGGACUCUUAUUACAACAAACAGGGAAGUAAAGAAAGAGACCCAUCUUCUCGUACUUCUUGAGACUUUGAGAACAGUGGGCUCAGUAGAGAGGAAGAGAUGAUCAGUGUAAGUAAUCAGUGUCAUCUUCUCCACCACAAUAGUUAAAAAGGCAUUUGUAUCCAGCUCUGUGUGUGUUUUAAAAUAAAACAGUCUUUUGGAAACAUGUUUGGAAAAACAAAGCCCAGCUCCUAUUUCACUAAUGCUCUUUGACUUAUUACAUGUAUUAAACUUUUCCGUUGAUUUCUGAAUUAAAGUGUGACAUCAACACUAAAGAUUGUGGCUAUCAGAAGAAAACUGCUGGAAAGGGCAUAUCUUGCAUUUCUCGUGGCUUUCUUUAAUUGAAGUUGCCUCAAACGA